AACCUCAGAAAAUCAAAACCGCAAUAUAGGAACCUUCAAAAACUGGACAAAAUCAAACCCAACUCAAACAGAACUAUGGAAAGAAUGGGCAGAUAAAUACAAACCAAUUCAAACAAUAGCCCCAACAUGGUAUAAUACAAUCAUAACAAAGAUCACACCCUUCGAACUAGAAAUGAUAAUCAAAGAAGCAUCCAACACAAAGGCUACUAGGCCCUCAAAAAUAUCAAAUGAAAU